AACGAUCACGGAGUAGCCGCCGCGCUGUUGAUGAACGGCUUUUCGCCCAAAAUCGCGCGCUGUACAUCCUAAUCCAAGAUCUGCACAACAAUGUAAGGGAAAUAAAAACCGAAUUAAACCGGCAACAGAGAGACUCGAAUAAUGAUCUUUCUUCCCAAGAUGUGUAUUUGAACGUUGUAAAACGUCUCUUCCCGAAGCAAAUCUAUCCAUCCCAAAGUACACUCAAGGAAGCCCUAAAGGACUACCUGAGCGAAAUAUACCCGGAGUAUAUGUCAGAAAUAAGCGCGAAUGAAUACACAAAUUGCUUUCAUG